AUGUCAGAGGUGAAUGUGGACUACGUUGGCAGAUCGGUGAAAGACUUCAACCCCGCAUCAACCACGUGCCAGCCAUUAUUCGUAACGGAAUGUCUCUCUCUCUCUCUCUCUCUCACUCACUCUGUAUCUCUCUCACUUACUCUGUAUCUCUCAUACUCUCUCUCCCUCUUUCCCUCUCUGUAUCUCUCAUACUCUCUCUCCCUCUCUCUCUCUUUCACUCACUGUAUCUCUCAUACUCUCUCCCCCUCUCUCUCACGCACUCUGUAUCCCUCAUACUCUCUCCCUCUCUCUCACUUACUCUGUAUCUCUCAUACUCUCUCUCUUCUUCUCUCUCUCUCUCACUCUGUAUCUCUCUCUAUCUCUCACUCACUCUGUAUCCCUCAUAUUCUCUCUCUCCCCUCUCUCUCUCCUCCUCUGUAUCUCUCAUACUCUCUCCCUCUCUCUCUCUCUCCCUCCUCUGUAUCUCGAUACUCUCUCUCUCCCUCUCUCUCUCUCUCACUCCUUAAUGGAAUAUUAGUGUUUUACUCUCUCUCUCUCACUUACUCUAUAUCUCUCCCUCUCUCUCCCUCUUUCUCUCUCUGUAUCUCAAAAUACUGUCUCUCCUCUCUCUCUUUCACUCACUAUUAUCUCUCAUACUCUCUCCCCUCUCUCUCCACGCCUCUGUAUCUCUCUCAUCUCUCCCCCUCUCUCCCUCCUCUGUAUCUCAGAUACUCUCUCUCUUCUUUCUCUCUCUCUCUCCUCUGUAUCUCCCCUCUCUCUCUCAUUUUCCUCUGGAAAAAAUCUCUAAUAUUCUCUCUCUCCUCUCUCUCUCCUCCUCUGUAUCUCUCGCCUCUCUCUCCCUCUCUCUCUCUCUCUCCUCUCCUCUGUAUCUCUCAUACUCUCUCUCCUUCUCUCUCUCUCUCCUCAUUCUGUAUCUCUCCCUCUCCUCUCUCCCUCUCUCCCUCUGUAUCUCUAAUAUUCUCUCUCUCCCUCUCUCUCUCACUCACUCUGUAUCUCUCAUACUCUCUCUCCUCUCUCUCUCUCUCACUCACUCUGUAUCUCUCAUACUCUCUCUCCUUCUCUCUCUCUCACUCAUUCUGUAUCUCUCCUACUCUCUCUCCCUCUCUCACUCACUCUGUAUCUCUCACACUCUCUCUCUCCCUCUCUCUCUCUCACUCACUCUGUAUCUCUCAUACUCUCUCUCUCACUCACUCUGUAUCUCUCAUACUCUUUCUCUCUCUCUCUAUCUCUCUCGCUCACUCACUCAAUCGGGAUGAAGGAAGCUACAGAAAGAACCAAUUGAAAAAAUGA